AUGGAUUCAGAGAGAAACAAUGAGAGUGUGAGCGGGAGUACCACUACUGUGAGUAGUAACAUGAGCUUGAACAAUGAAGGUGGUGUGAUUGUUGAUGAUGAUGAUGACGAAUUUUCAAUGAAGAGUCAGAAUCUUCAGUGGGCACAAGGGAAAGCCGCUUAUUCAUGUAGCUUUCCUUGUCUAAUAAUUUCUUACUUGGAUUAUCCAUUUGUUAUUUUGGAUUUUGAAGUGUAUCCACAGGUGAAGGUGAGGCAACAAGAACAAGAGCAAGAACAAGAUGACAGAGGAUCAUUUCUGUUCAUAAAGGUUAUUGAAUCUCUGUCUUUACAAGAUCAUCACUCUUCUGAUGAGGAAAACAAGAGCAAUUCUUCUCCUUCAGUUGCCAAAAUCACAAAGGUGAAUGCCCCAAUUGUAAAAGCACAAUCGGUUACCCCAUCCAAAGCAGCAAAGAGCAAUAGACAAAUCAACAAGGAUACCAAACUCUUGAAUGCCAGAGCUAGCUCAGUCACACGCCCUCGCGCAGUCCUAUCCAGUCCUGAUAAUGAUGGGAUGAUCGGAAAUAUCAACAAGUUCGAUAAUGAAAGAUCUUCCUCUCUGAAAAAGCUUCAUCAUGAUGCGAAAGUGCCUACCCAAACUGCAGCCGUCUCUAGCCCCAUUAAAGGCUUCACGGCUAGAAGUCCUCUGGUUGCAAGAAAAGGCUCCAGGGAUGCAUUUGGUAACAACAGCGGCCUUACACAAAGCAAAUCUGCAAAGCCAGUAGUUCCAAGGCGGAAAGCAAGUUUAAAGAAGGAAAUUAAAUCAAGUUCAACUGGGCUUUAAAUAUACUGUCAUGAUAUAUUAUGCCGGAUUUGUUUUUGUUCUUUUUUUUUAAAAUGCUAAA